AAUAAAGAGAAAAAAAAAACAGAAAAUAAAAAGAAAUUGAUCUUGUGGACAAAUGGACUGUAGUGGAUGAGGAGGUUAUGAGAGAAAGUGCAAACAACACACAACAGAACCAAACUCUUUUUUCUACUGUCCCUUUUCCUCUCUCUCCAAAGGCAUUGUAAUUGUAGGCUGUGUAGGCUGGAGGAAGAGGAAGAGGAAGCUUUCAUACUUUGAUUUGUCCAUUUAAUCUUUCUCCACCAUAGCCAAUUUCUAAAGCUAAGAAAGAAAAGCUAAAGAAAAACCCCUUAUAAAGUUCUGAUCUUUGUGACUUUCUUCUCAGGUAUCUCUUCUUUUUUAAUUUACUUUUGAACUGGACCAGUGAUUUGGCUUGGUGGGUUUGCUUCUCUAUGUCCUCUACUUUGUUUUUUUUGCUCCUUUUUUUUUUUUUUUUUUACUGUCUGGGACUCUGUGGGGUUUUUGGAUUUUCAUGGUAGGGUUCUCAAGAAAAGAGGUGGGUCUUUGUUCAAGAUCUGUGUGCUUUUCUUUGACCAUUUUUUUUUUUGUUUUUUCAUUUUCAUCUUGUUUAUCUCCAUUAUUUUCGUUCUUAUCUUUUGGGUUUUGUGGUGUCUGAUGUCUCUGGAGUACUGGUAAGGAAACUCUCAUUUUAAUUUCUGGAGAUUUUUGUGAAAUUUUUCUUUAUGAUUCACUAGUCUGGUGAAAGUGUUUGCCUUUGAAGCCUUUUUAGCCUUUUGAUGAAGAAAAAGAUGGCCUUUGAGGGUAGACUAUGUUCUUUUACUUCUCAGAAAUGUUCAAUUCUAUUCCUUUUCAGAGUUGAUCCGCAUUUGCAUGUAGCUGAUUCGGCUGGGAUUUAGUGUUUAGAUUGUGUUAGAGACCACUUGCUUUUUUAAUUGUUUUUGUGAGUCCUCUUUUGCUUCUAAUUUCGCCUAGAAAAUGUAAUUUAAUUAGCUUACUCUGCAGUUUUCUAAUGUUAGAGGUAGGUACACUAAACUUCAGUUGAUUUGGAACUAAUGGAAUUUUGACCCUCUUUUUCUGUCUUCCUGGUGGUUGUGAUUAGGUUACCUCUGAGGAUUUUUCUUUUUUUUUUUUGGUGUUAGCCCUUCUAUUUUAUUUCUGUUUGGCAAAAAGAUGCCUUAUUGAUAACUGUCUCUUUUCUCUUUUGGUGCACAACUUGCAGCUUUUGAUGGACAGUGAAAUGAUAAGCUUUGGUCUUGAUAGCAAAGGGGAAAAUGUACUGGAGCUGGGUUUGAACUGAUGGGUUUGUACAUUUUGGUUAACUUAAGAAGUAUCAGCUCAUUUCAAUGGCCUCAAGAUCUGUUAGCAAGGGCUCCUUGGAUAAGCAGAAUAAAGCGUUUGGAAGUGAUAACUUAGACGGAAUUCAUCGGAAGCCUUCUCAUUUUUCAGCAUCAAAGACAAGUAAAUCGGGUACUGUUGCUUCAAAUGUUCAGGAUGUGUUUCCCAAGCAGCUUAACUUAGAACCAAACACUAUAAAGAAGUCCCGUGAUCCGGGCCCGAAUGGGUUAGCUGAAACUUUGGCCGGUAAACUAGAUACGAGCUUACAUUUGGGAAGCAUUAAGCAAGUGCCAGCAAGCUUCAGCCCAAGUAGUGAAACAAAGGGAUCGCUUGAAAACAGUGCUGACCAGGAAAAGAAAUCAUCUGGACAGGGGACUCCCAAGGAUAGCUCUGUUUAUCCUAAAGUUAGCGAUGGAACCAGUAGUCUUGCAAAAACGAGCGGAAGUGCAAAAAUUAGCGAUCGAGCUGAUUUUGUUGAGAGUGGCAAGAGUAGCAUGUGUAGGGGUAGUACUAGCAGUAAUAUAAGUGAUGACAGUACUUGUAGCAGCUUGAGCAGUAGCAUUAAUAAGCCUCAUAAGGCGAAUGAUUCGAGAUGGGAAGCAAUCCAAGCCGUUCGAGCGAAGGAAGGGGUAUUAGAUCUGAGGCAUUUCAGACUGCUAAAAAAAUUGGGAUGCGGUGAUAUUGGAAGUGUUUAUCUUUCAGAGUUGUGUGGUACAAAGUGUUAUUUUGCAAUGAAGGUUAUGGAUAAAGCGUCAUUAGCGAGUCGUAAAAAAUUGCUUCGUGCUCAGACAGAAAGAGAAAUACUGCAGUGUCUUGAUCAUCCUUUCCUACCCAGUUUGUACACCCAUUUUGAGACCGAGAAGUUCUCGUGUUUGGUGAUGGAGUUCUGCCCAGGAGGUGACUUGCACACUCUUAGGCAGAGGCAACCUGGAAAGUAUUUUCCCGAACAGGCCGUGAAAUUUUAUGUCGCAGAAGUACUCCUUGCCUUGGAAUACCUCCAUAUGCUUGGUAUCGUCUAUCGUGACCUGAAGCCUGAAAAUGUUCUCGUAAGGGAAGACGGACAUAUAAUGCUAUCAGACUUUGACCUCUCUCUUCGUUGUGCUGUAAGCCCGACGCUAGUGAAAUCGUCAUCCUUGGAAAACGAGCCCCUUCGUAAGAAUCCAGUAUACUGUGUCCAGCCAGCAUGCAUUGAGCCCUCAUGCAUCCAACCAUCCUGUGUGGUUCCUACGUCAUGUUUUACUCCUCGCCUUUUUUCAAGUAAAUCCAAGAAAGACCGUAAACCCAAGAAUGAAGUCGGCAACCAAGUUAGCCCGCUGCCAGAGCUCAUUGCCGAGCCAACCAGUGCGCGAUCGAUGUCAUUUGUAGGGACCCACGAGUACCUGGCCCCCGAAAUCAUCAAAGGCGAAGGGCAUGGCAGUGCUGUUGACUGGUGGACAUUUGGUAUCUUUCUCUAUGAGCUAUUGUUCGGUAAGACUCCCUUCAAAGGAUCUGGAAACCGGGCAACCCUAUUCAACGUCGUGGGUCAGCCACUUCGGUUUCCUGAAUCUCCUGUAGUCAGUUUCUCAGCUAGAGAUUUGAUAAGAGGGUUGCUAGUAAAAGAGCCACAGCAUAGGUUGGCGUAUAAACGGGGUGCAACUGAAAUCAAGCAACAUCCCUUUUUCGAGGGUGUGAAUUGGGCUCUGAUCCGAUGUGCAAGCCCUCCAGAGAUCCCAAGGCCAUUUGAGAUUGAGAAGAUACCUGCCCCAGGGCCUCCCCCAUCUGCUGGUGAAAAGCCACCACCUCAUGGAGCUGUCCCAUUCCAGCAAAACUCAGACAACUACCUUGAAUUUGAUUUCUUUUAGUAGGCUCUCAGAAAAGGGGUUAAUACAUUAGUUUCCUGAAGACCAACAUUUCCUUAAGCCUGCUAAGACUCAGGAUCGUCUUCUUAAAAAUCUGUAGUUUCUUGAUCAUAUAUUUUUUUUUGGCCUUCUUAUUCGUCUGUUGUUGUUAAAGAACAGCUCCAUAUUUGUUGUACUGCCAAUACUUUCUUUUGAAGUGUUGACUCUAUAUCAAUCCAUAAUGUGUAAUUCUGGUGCCCUUAUUACUCUCUUAGUCAUUGAUGAGAAAAGUUCAUUCUUUUUUGUUAGACCUCAGUUUUUGUGUUAGGUUUCUGGGAGAAAGCUUCUACUGCUACUUCCUCAAAGGAUUUGUUAGUGACUGCUCAAAAGAGUGGAGUGAGCUUGCUUGGAUGGAGG